AUGACAGUUUUUGAAAACAAUGAUAAGUCUACAGUUGUGACUAUUAAAGUCUGUGAUGAGGCGAAAAAAGUUGAGCGUGAUUUUUGCUGUGAACUGGAUAUUUUGAUAUUAGAAAUGCCAUACUUCCAGGAAUUCCUGAUAAAAGACGGACAGUUUGUCAAUGGGGUUGAAGUACUCGUUCACUGUGACUUAAAAAUCUUUGAGUGGUUGCUGUUGUAUGCUAGGAAGAACAUCGAACCUGCAGCUUAUCGAGGUUGUUUUCUGUCGACGUCAAAUGUCCUCGCACUUUUAGUUUCAUCAAACUUUUUGAAAAUGCAAAGUCUUCAUGCAAAUGCAAUUAUCGCAAGCCCGUUUUCACUGGAUUGUCUUAGUGAUGUUUUGGUUGGACGCAUUUCUCAUGGACUGGACCUAGAAGAAUUAGAAAAAAUUAAGGAUAAAAAAGACAAGUUGAAGAGUAAACUGUUUUUAAAGAAAAUCGAACAUCUAUUCGAUCAUGGCUACAGUACACCAGAUUGUCCAAACAAUGCAACAUAUCUGUAUAAGUGCUUAAUAUGUGACAAAAUACUGACAAGAAAAACUUCAGUUGUUGUUCCAUGUCUUCCAAAUCGUUUUAUAGUUAGUCAACUAGGUAAUAUUAUACCUGUUCAUUAUCCUCCACCUGUAUACAUAAAUUCACCAGUAUUUAAUUCGAUAAAUGGACACUCUGAAAAUAAUGAAGAUAGUGAUUAUGCAAGAUAUGUACGGACAUCUACAUCAUCAAGGAUGUCAUCAAAUUUACCUGGUCGAUCAGUCUCAACACCAAAUAUUAUUACAAAUGCAGCAAUAUCUGAUAAGGAUACAGUACCAGACUUUUCAUGUACAGAACUCUUAAGUCAGUGGUUUAUGGAACUAGGGAGUUGGCGUACUGUUUACUGGAAGCUAUGGGCUACUAUAAAUCUUCAAUCAUGCAAACGGUGCAAGAGACAAUUUCCAAUCAUUGAGUUAGGUGAUGGGUGUAUUUUUCAUCCCAUGGUACCUACACUUGUUCAAUCAGAACAGUCGAUCAAUGAUAGUCUUCUGACAUCCAAUCAAACAGAUAAACAUCAAUCUGUUAAUGGUCUUAACGGGUCAUCCCCUAUAAUAAGUAAAACACGAAAUACCCCAGUCCUCAGUAAACACUCUAAUUCUACUGGAUUACUACCCGAUCGAUUCCCAACAAACUGUUCACAAUCAAUUACCAAUCAAAAGUCAUCUAGUCACAUACAACCAAAUCUGAUAUAUCCAUGCUGUGGACUCAGUGUAUCAAGAUUUAAUCCAUUUCGAAUUCAAACUGGAUGUCAUAGAAAUGAACAUAUCUUAAAUGAAGACAGUUCAGAUCCCGUGACGAAAUUAUGCAUUGAACACCGUGAAAUGAUAGUAUCAUGGGCACCAAAACAUUCAAACAAUUCAAAUAACGUACCUAGUCUUAUAACUGUUGGAGGGCAUCUUCAUCAAACAAUUGAACUGAAUGAAAUCAUCUGUAAUAAAGAAAUGGUUUACACAGCUCCAGCAUUCACAUUACUGACUUGUUUAGAUAAACAACAGAAUGAGGAAAAAGCAACAAGGUUAAGUCCAUUUCGAGCAACACUGAUCGGUAAACCUAUAAAACCAAUAAUUGAAACAUCACAUGAAAAUCACUCUGCAGAAACUUUUAUCAAAUCAGAAGGAGAAAAUAACAGGGAAGCGAACUCUUUCACACCAGUAAUACAUCCUAAAGGCAUAUUAUCAUCAGCACUUGUUGAACGUGUAUGGGACUCUGCAAAGUGUAAUCGAAUCAAUCAAGAUAGUCAACGACAGGAAGAUCUACGUCGAAUGCAAAGAAUAACUGAAUUCCUAUGCGCACAACGUCAGAAAACAACUGCAACUUCAGACAAUACCGUUUCUAAAGAGUAUCCCGGUGGGAUUUACACACGUUUAGACUUACAAUGGCGUUCACAAUCUGGUUUAGCACUUUCAAAACCUCCAUGUCAUUCUCUCCGGAAGCUGAAAACACAAAGCUCUUCAAUUCCUUUCCGAUAA